AUGGCGAAGUACGAUUUGACACCGAGGAUUGCACCGAAUCUCGACAGACAUCUGGUGUUUCCGUUGCUCGAGUUCUUGCAAGAGAGGCAGCUUCACGCGGAUGAAGCCAUCUUGAAGGCUAAGAUUGAGCUUCUCAAUCACACUAACAUGGUUGAUUACGCCAUGGAUAUUCACAAAUCGCUUUAUCACACUGACGAUGUACCCCAAGACAUGGUGGAGAGAAGAGCAGAGGUCGUGGCAAGGUUGAAAGCAUUGGAAGAGGGAGCAGCUCCUUUGAUUGCUUUUCUGCAGAACCAAACUGCUGUUCAGGAGUUGAGAGCUGACAAGCAGUAUAACCUCCAAAUGCUCAGUGAACGCUACCAGAACUUUUCAUCUCCUCUUAAUCAAGUUCAGAACAGAAUAUGGCUGAUGCACUGGAGUCUGUUCAUAUUCUUCAACCAUGAAAAUGGGAGAACACUAAUCAUUGAGCUGUUCAAUCAGGACAAGUACCUGAAUGCUAUUCAGACAAAUGCUCCCCAUCUUCUACGCUAUCUUGCAACUGCAUUUGUUGUUAACAAAAGGAGACGACCUCAAUUCAAAGAGUUUAUAAAGGUGAUCCAGCAAGAGCAGUACUCAUAUGAGGAUCCGAUUACUGAGUUUUUGGCAUGUGUAUAUGUCAAAUAUGACUUCGAUGCAGCUCAAGAAAAGAUGAAGGAGUGUGAAGAAGUAAUUUUGAAUGACCCCUUCCUGGGGAAACGAGCUGAAGAGGGCAACUUUUCAACCGUCCCGUUAAGAGAUGAGUUCCUUGAAAAUGCACGACUCUUCAUAUUCGAGACCUAUUGCCGUAUUCACCAGCGUAUUGACUUGGGCGUGCUUGCUCAGAAACUAAAUUUGACCUAUGACGAAGCAGAGAGAUGGAUUGUGAACCUUAUUAGGACCUCAAAGCUCGAUGCAAAGAUUGACUCCCAGUCAGGAACUGUCAUAAUGGAACCCAGCCAUCCUAAUGUGUAUGAGCAGCUCAUUGACCAUAGCAAGGGACUGUCUGGUCGCACCUACAAGCUAGUUAGUCAGCUAAUGGAGCACUCCGCCCAGCAGCAGGCGGCUCGUUGA